GCGAGAGGGGUAAAGCGGGAAAGACGGAAGGAUAGAGACUCGGAGGCUGAGGGAUGACGUCCGGAUUCAAAGCAAAGCAAAGGAACGGUUUUGAUGAUUGGUGAUGAUUAUUUAUUACGAAUAAAUAAAUAAAUAGCCUCUCUCUCAUUCUUGACCUUCUUCCUCCCACACCCUAUCGACGACGACGACAAAACUCAGACAUGGCGGAUCAGUUGACCGACGAUCAGAUCGCGGAGUUUAAGGAAGCCUUCAGCCUAUUCGACAAAGAUGGCGAUGGUUGCAUCACUACCAAAGAGCUUGGGACAGUGAUGAGAUCAUUGGGGCAGAAUCCAACAGAAGCUGAGCUACAGGACAUGAUAAAUGAGGUAGAUGCUGAUGGCAAUGGGACCAUUGAUUUCCCAGAAUUUCUAAAUCUGAUGGCCAGGAAGAUGAAGGACACUGACUCUGAAGAGGAGCUGAAAGAGGCUUUUAGAGUGUUCGAUAAGGACCAGAACGGUUUCAUCUCUGCUGCUGAGCUUCGUCAUGUGAUGACAAACCUUGGUGAGAAGCUAACUGACGAAGAAGUUGAUGAGAUGAUAAGAGAGGCCGACGUUGAUGGUGAUGGUCAGAUCAACUAUGAGGAGUUCGUUAAGGUUAUGAUGGCCAAGUGAUCCCACCCACCACGACCACAAGUUAUAAUCUUUAAUAUGUUGUCUUGUGGUUUUACAUAACUAGAAUUCUUUUUUACAAAACAAGGUAUUGAAUUUGGAUGUGUUGAGCUAGUGUUAUGGAUUCUAAAGUCUUAUGUUCCUUUUUUAUUGGAUGGUGUCAGGUUUGAUGUUGAAUGGUUGUAAUUUUCUCUAAUGCAAGUGUAGUGGAAUUUUUCCAUUGUAUCACUUGAUUUGUUAUGCAUUAUUUACUUUGCUAUUACAAGAUUCAAAAAAUUUAUAGGUUUGAAGUCCUUUUUCUUUAAUUGAAGUGGCAUGAUAAUAAAUGCAUGCUGCAUUCAACUACUGUAUUCGGCAGAUGGUUCUCUUUUAUGCAGUGGAACAAUGAAAAUCAUACAAUGCACAAAAUG